CACGCACGGCCGCACACGAUAUCCCUCGACAGCAAAAAAACUAUCGACUUCAAACUAGGAACUCUCAGCCGCCACCGCCACCGCCACAACCCCUUUCCUCCCCACACGAACUCCCUCUUCUUCUCUUCACUUCCACAGCCCCCAGUCUCUUCACCCAAUAACCGACAAUGGCCGCCCUCACACACCACCGCCACCUGCAAACACACUUUCUCUCCAGACUCCCCGUCGCCAAACCCAUUUCCAGACUUCAAACCACCAGAGUUCGCAUGUCCCUCCAGGAAUCGGGCCCAUCUGUCGCGGUAGUUGGCGUCACCGGUGCCGUCGGCCAAGAAUUUCUCUCCGUGCUAUCGGACCGGGACUUUCCCUACCGUUCCAUCAAAAUGCUGGCCUCCAAACGCUCCGCUGGAAGGCGCAUCGCAUUUGAGGGCACCGAAUUUGUAGUGGAGGAGCUUACCCCCGAAAGCUUUGAUGGUGUCGACAUCGCCCUGUUCAGCGCUGGCGGCUCCAUCAGUAAGCAGUUUGGUCCCAUCGCUGUCGAGAAAGGAGCCAUCGUUGUGGACAACAGCUCCGCGUUUCGGAUGGUCGAUGGCGUGCCGCUCGUGAUUCCGGAGGUGAACCCGGAGGCCAUGGAGGGGAUCAAAAUUGGCACCGGCAAGGGCGCCUUGAUUGCGAAUCCUAAUUGCUCUACCAUCAUUUGCUUGGUGGCUGCCACUCCUCUUCACCGCCGCGCCAAGGUAACACGAAUGGUCGUUAGUACUUAUCAAGCUGCAAGUGGCGCUGGUGCUGCUGCAAUGGAAGAACUUGUGCAGCAAACUCGUGAGGUCCUGGAAGGAAAACCCCCAACUUGUAGCAUAUUUAAGCAACAGUAUGCUUUCAAUUUGUUUUCGCACAAUGCUCCUGUACUCGAGAAUGGAUACAAUGAAGAGGAAAUGAAAUUGGUCAAGGAGACUAGAAAAAUAUGGAAUGACAUGGAGGUUAAAGUGACUGCCACAUGUAUACGAGUUCCUGUCAUGCGUGCACAUGCUGAGAGUGUGAAUCUUCAGUUUGAAAAGCCCCUUGAUGAGGACACAGCAAGGGAUAUUCUAAAGAAUGCUCCUGGAGUGGUGGUUAUUGAUAAUCGGUCCUCUAAUCGGUUCCCUACACCAUUGGAGGUAUCAAACAAAGAUGACGUUGCAGUUGGGAGGAUUCGUCGUGAUGUUUCUCAGGAUGGAAAUUAUGGGUUGGAUAUCUUUGUCUGUGGUGACCAGAUACGCAAAGGAGCUGCACUCAAUGCUGUUCAGAUUGCUGAGAUGCUGGUCUAAUCCACAUUUGGCUUUAGUGAUGAGGUUUUAUCUUUGCACGGGUUAGUUGAUACGGUCAGGUGGGCUGAUUUUAAGUCGCUUGUAGUAGUGUAUCAUCUGCAGAUGAUCGUGCUUCUGCUAAGAUUUGUUCAAUUCUUGCAGUCUCUUCAUUUUUGCUUCCUAAAGAGUUAUAGCUGUAUUGGUAUCUAUUUGGGUAGUUUACUUAUGAGAUUUAUACCUUUGUUUAAGAAGGGAUUUUGUUGAAAUAGUAUUGUAAUGUAACUUACAAGGAUGAUGGUAUCUGAUAGUUUUGGGAUACAGUCUACGCGCAUAUGCCCUGGAAGUCAAAUUAAUUUAGAAGGUUUGAUAA